AUGGCUCUCUAUUGCGGCGACAACUUCGGCGUCUACUCGCAGCCCGGCCUGCCCCCGCCUGCCGCCGCCGCCGCCGCCGCCCAGGGCGCCCCUCCGGCCGCCAGGGCGCCCUACGGGCUGGCAGACUACGCCGCGCCGCCCGCCGCAGCCGCCAACCCCUACCUGUGGCUCAACGGGCCGGGUGUGGGCGGCCCGCCCGCCGCCGCCGCUGCCGCCGCCGCCGCGGCGUACCUGGGCGCCCCGCCGCCGCCUCCCCCGCCCCCCGGGGGCGCCGCCGGGCCCUUCCUGCAGCCGCCCCCCGCCGCCGGCACCUUCGGCUGCGCGCAGCGGGCCUUCGCUCAACCCGCGCCCGCCGCGCCCGCCUCUCCCGCGGGGCCCGCCGCGCCCGGGGAGCUGGGCUGGCUGUCCAUGGCCAGCCGCGAGGACCUGAUGAAGAUGGUGCGGCCGCCCUACUCGUACUCGGCGCUCAUCGCCAUGGCCAUUCAGAGCGCGCCCGAGCGCAAGCUCACGCUCAGCCACAUCUACCAGUUCGUGGCCGACAGCUUCCCCUUCUACCAGCGCAGCAAGGCCGGCUGGCAGAACUCCAUCCGCCACAACCUGUCGCUCAACGACUGCUUCAAGAAGGUGCCCCGCGACGAGGACGACCCAGGGAAAGGGAAUUACUGGACCCUGGAUCCGAACUGUGAGAAAAUGUUUGACAAUGGGAACUUCCGUCGGAAGCGCAAGCGCCGCUCCGAAGCCAGCAGCACCUCCACGGUGGCCGCAGGGACCGCAAAAUCGGAAGAAGGGCUCUCCUCGGGACUGGGGUCCGGCGUGGGUGGGAAGCCCGAAGGAGACAGCCCCCCUGCAUUGCUAAGGCCGCCCCAGUCCCCAGAGUCCCCCGAGGGCGCCAAGAGUACUGCCUCCUCCCCUGGAGGGUCCCUGCUCUCCUCCGCCCCUUGCCUCAACACCUUCUUCAGCAGCCUGAGCACCCUGAGCGUCAGCAGCAGUGGGAGCACCCCGCGGGCGGUCCCCACCGGCCGCCACCUAGGGAUCCAGGGGGGCCCCUUGGCCUCCAGCAGCACGUUCCCCGCCAGCUCCGUCCCGGAAGCCCCACCAGACAGCUUGCCACUGAGCAACGGUGCCAGCAACGGCAGCAGCAGCCAGAGGUCCUCCUACUACAGCCCCUUCCCCGCCAGCAGCGGCGGGGGUCAGAGCAGCCCGUUCAGCAGCUCCUUCUACAACUUCAGCAUGGUCAACAGCCUCAUCUACCCCCGCGAGGGCUCCGAGGUCUAG